AUGACAUGUACAAGUGAAAUUUUCGAUGUGAUUAUUGUUGGAUGUGGCGCUGCUGGAAUAGCAGCAGCAAUCGAAUUACAGGCAAUUCCACAAUUAAAAUUUAUUCUACUCGAAGCUCGUAAUCGUGUUGGUGGCCGUAUUGUUACUGAUACAACUACAUUUGAUAUAAAUACACCUGUUGAUUUAGGUGCACAAUGGGUACAUCAUUUUCGACCUGAACAUCCUUUAUAUAAAUAUAAUGAAUUAUCAAAAGAUAUUCAUAUUAAUAAUCAUUUUAUUUUUCGUUCAUUAGCAACACCAUUUUUUGAUAUUGAUGGUACAAGAAUAUCUUCGAAUAAAAUUCAGAAAGCUGAAGAAAUUUCUAAUCGAUUAUGUAAUAUAAUUAAAGAAUCAUCACUUUCAAUAGAUAAAUCAAUGUUUGAUGUUAUUAAAAGUGAAUAUAUUCAGUACAAUAAUGAUCCUCAAAUGAAACGAUUAAUUGAUUUAUUUCUUGGUAUUAUUGAACAAUAUGAAGCAUCAAAUCUUGAUCAAUUAUCAGCUAAAUCUUAUUUAUUAUCAGACAAUGGUAUUGAUGAAUAUAAUUUAUCUAUGCCAAAUGGUUUUGGUAUAUUUAUUGAAAACGUUGUUCAACAACAUCAAUUACCCGUUGAACUUAAUUCUAUUGUUACUCGUAUAGAUACUUCAUUAUCAGAUUCAAAUGUUCGAAUAUAUACAAAAGAUGAACGAUUAUUUCUAUGUAAAUAUGUUCUUAUUACAAUUCCACUUGGAUGUUUAAAAGCUCAUUCAGUGGAAUUUAUACCAAGUUUACCUGAAUGGAAACAAAAUGCAAUCGAUAUAAUGGGUGUAGGUCUUUCAAAUAAAAUUUUUUUACAAUUUCCAUUUGUUUUUUGGGAUCCAACAUGGUACUCAAUACUUUGUACAUCACCACAAUUUCGUUUUAUUCUAUGUCGACCUAAUGAAUGUAUGCUACAAAUUAAACUUGCUGCUCGAACAGCAUUAGAAUUCGAAGAAAAAAAUGAUAAAGACAUAAUUGAUAAAGUUAUGAUAUUGUUAAGAACUAUAUUUUCAGACAGAAAUGUGCCUGAACCAACUCGAUUUCUUAUUACUAAAUGGAAUCUAGAUGAAUUUUCAAAAGGUGCUUAUUCUAAUUUUGCUAUUGGUGCAGAUAAUCAAACUUUAAUUGAUCUUGCUCGAGAGUGUAAUGAUCGAAUAUAUUGGGCCGGUGAACAUGCAAAUUAUGAUGGAACAAUUGGUUGUGUGGAUAGUGCUUUGGAAAGUGGAGAACAUUCGGGUUCUGAUAAUGGUCUUUAUAAUAAUGCGCCUGUAGCAACUGUCAUGUCACCCAUAGAUAUUUCUCAAAAUCAACAAAAAGUUAUUAAUAUACCAAUUGGAGAUGCUGAUGGAGAUACGCUGCGUUGUCAAUGGCCUAGUGGUACCACUGAAUGUGGAAAUGUUUGUCUACCAGGAUCUUUAUCAAAUGUAUACCAACAAGUUGGAGAAUCUAUCAAAAAAAAUGGUCCAUUUAAAUUAUUUCAUAUUGAUCGAUGUACUGAUCGAGAAUGUCAAUGGUCAUGCACAUCAAUGUCACCCAACAUGAAAUUUCCAACUAAGGUCAAAAAUGAUCAUGCUUAUGAUAUUUUAAAUGAAAGUUCAAACAAUUCUACAACUAAUGAUGUAUCAUUAUCAAAGUCGCUUACAUCUACUACAUCGUGUUCAACGGAAGAUGAAAAUGAUUUAUCUAUGAUUGAUUUUCAUUCGAACAGUUUUCUAUCAAUGGAUGAUAAUUAUAGUAGAUCAACAUCAUUCGAUCUUGAUAAUGUAUCUGUAAUAAAAGUUAAAAAAGUAAACAAAAUAUACAGUGCAUUGAAUUCAGAUAUUAAACCUCCGAUUCGAAGAUCUAAUGAAAAUGCCGAUUCAUCCGUUCAACCAUCGAUCAAUAGUGGAACUGUACGAGUAUCUCAAAUAAAAUCAUCAACAAAGAAAAAACUAAAUACAUUGAAUAAUGAAUCAGUAGCACAACACGAAGAAAAUUCCGUUAUUGAUUUGACGAAUGCUGUUCGAGUUACUCAUGUACCUUCACCAAUAACAAAAGUACAUUCAACUUCCGCUCCUAUUUGUCGUCCAUCGAUUGUUGAAAAUACUAUUCAAUUGGAUGAAAAUGUGAAAACUCGAUCUUCAAGUGGUUCAUCAAAAAAAAAAAAAUAA